UCGCACGAACAUGUCAGAGAUACGCGAGUUUUUCGCAGGGCGAAACAUCUUCGUCACCGGUGGAACUGGCUUCAUUGGUAAAGGACUGGUGGAAAAGUUGCUUCGAAGCUGUGAAGAAAUCGGAACCGUUUAUCUUCUGGUCCGAGGCAAAAAAGGAAAAACUGCCGAAGAGCGCUUCGAUUCGCUGCUUCUCGAACCAGUGUUUGACGUUUUGAGGACCAGCUCACCGGACUUUUCGAAAAAGAUUGUUGCAAUUCCUGGUGACAUAACCUCCGAGGGACUGGGAUUAUCGGCAGAGGAUCACCAGCGUAUCGUCGACGAGGUAUCCGUGAUCUUCCACAUCGCUGCCACAGUGCAUUUUAACGAAAGACUGGACAAAGCCAUUCCCUUGAACGUAAACGGCGUUAAAUACGUGCUGGACAUUGCAAAAGCAUGCAAAAACCUGGCGGUCGGAAUCCAUGUGUCAACUGCUUACAGCCACUGCGUUUCCAGCAACGUUGAGGAAAAAAUAUGCGCUCCGCCAUUGAGCUUCAAGGAGGCAAAUGAUCUCUGCGAUAAUUGGAAGAUGAGUGGGAAGUCGGAAUACGAGAUCAAAUCUAUAACGAAAUCAGUCUUGAAAGGAUGGCCGAACACUUACACUUUUACCAAGGCUAUCGGCGAGGGUGUCGUCGCUGAAUUUGCUGGAGAAUUGCCCUUCGCAAUUUUCAGACCAUCGAUCGUAAUAAAUUCAUACAACGAGCCGAUGCCGGGAUGGAUAUCUGGCUUUACUGGGCUUCCAGCGAUGCUAAUUGCAAUUGGUCUCGGCAUAAAUCACGUCGGUCUGAUCGAUAAAGAUAUGAGACUAGAUAUAGUUCCGGUGGAUUAUACCUGUAACGCUAUAAUUUCUUCCGCUUGGGAAACAGCAAUCACUAAAAGAAGGGAUCAUCAGGAUAUUCCUGUCUACCAUUACGUCAGCAAUAAUGAACAACCAAUCACUUGGGAGCAGUUUGAAGAUCAUUUCGCUCGUUCCGGCCGUGAAAACCCAACGGUUCGAGCGAUCUACUAUCCCUGCUCCAUUCAGACGAAGUCAAAAUUUUUUUGCGGUGUAGUACAAUUGUUUUUGCAUUUUCUGCCGGCCCUCAUAAUCGACAACGUUGCAAGAUUGUUGGGAAAACAGUUACGGCUGUACGAGCUUGCGAUGAAAAUAUGGAAUGCGGCGUUUGCCUUUGAAUAUUUCACCACAAGGCAGUGGGACUUCAACAAUGAUCGAGUGCAAAAUCUCUGGCAACGGAUCGGGCCUACAGACCAGAAGGAAUUCCCUUUCAGUAUGAAAAAUGUCAACUGGGAGACGCAUUCCAAACAUUUGAUUGCUGGCUUAAAAAAGUACCUACUAAAGGAUCAUUCUGGAAGUGAAGAGGGGAAACGACGAUGCGCUAGGUUAGUUGUACAUCAUCCAUUUGAUAGUUUGUUUCACGUUUUAUUCCUUCGUUCUUCGGAUACUAUGGAAAAUAUUUUGGUAACUCAGCGUUCAGCCGGGUUCAAGAAGAUAACAAGGAAAAAAGCGCAAAGAAAUAUGUUGCAAAGUUCUCUAAAUAUGCAAAAAGUGGAUGUAAAAUAUGUGACCCAGCUUUUGGUGUCCUUUCUUCUGCUGGAGAGUGUAAUGGAAAGAAAUGAUACGUGGUGUAUGAAGCACCUUGCGAGUAAGCUACAAGCAGAAGAACCACGAAGAAGAAGAAGAAGAAGAAGACGAAGUAAAAGAAGAAACGAGAGGAAGAGGCAAAAAAAGGAGGGAACUGUUAGCAAAAGGAGAGGAAAGGAAGGAAAAUGGUAUAGAGGGUACCAUAAAGACGUUGCCUUAGGAGUUCUGGACAUAGAUUCCUAUACCGACAUUUUACCGACACUUAGCCAAGACACAAACCUUUUUCUGCAAUUCUCAGCAGUUGUACGAUUCCUUGAACUCAAGGCUUUUUUGUGCAUCGAACUGGUUUUUAAUAAAGCUGUACUGAUUCCCUUAACGAAGAACAAAAGAUUGACUACAGAUCUGGUUAACUGA